CUGUGAAGGCAUCACCAUCACAAAUUGUGCAGUCUGCCAGGUUGCGGUCGUUUCUCGUCGGUACAAAUUAUUUGUCACCUCACCUCACCACACCGGACAUAAGGCCACGCCAAACUUUUACUGAAAGUCAGAAGCUUAUAGCAUCCAAAAUUCUCGAGAAAUGUUCACGGACUCGUGGGCCCACGAGGCAGACAUUCAGGAGGCCAACACUGCGCGCGUGCAGAUUGAGCCCACAAAAAGUAUGAGUCUUGCGAAUCGCCCACGGUUAAUGACCAGAGAUGUAAACGGAAAUUUCGAGAUGGGCAAACGUGACCGCCAUGGAAAGAUGGAAGGUGACAAAGUGGACCCAGCUGAAGUAUCCCUGCUCAAUAAAAUGAUCCGCCGCGCUCUAGUGAGGAGCAGAAAUGAAGUGGAGGUGUUACAGCGGGACCCCACAUCCCCGCUUUUCUCUGUCAAGACCUUCGAGGAGUUGCGCCUGAAACCGGAGCUGUUGAUGGGUGUCUAUGGCAUGGGCUUUAACAGGCCUUCUAUGAUUCAGGAGAAAGCUCUUCCAAUGAUGCUGGCACAGCCACCUCAGAAUUUAAUUGCCCAGUCACAGUCAGGCACAGGCAAAACUGCUGCCUUUUCUCUGGCCAUGCUCAGCCAUGUGAACUCUGCCAAUAAGUGGACUCAGGCUCUUUGUAUCGCGCCAACAUACGAACUUGCCCUGCAGAUUGGACAAGUGAUGGAGCAGAUGGGCAAACAUUGCCCUGAAGUCAAACUAGCAUACGCCAUUAGAGGCAACAAAAUGGAGCGAGGGAAGCAGUUGCAAGAGCAGAUUGUGGUUGGAACACCUGGCACCAUCCUGGAUUGGUGCACCAAGUUUAAGAUGAUUGAUCCCAAAAAGAUCACCAUGUUUGUGCUGGAUGAGGCUGACGUAAUGAUUUCCACUCAAGGCCAUCGUGACCAGAGCAUCCGCAUUCACAGGCAGCUGUCAAAAGACUGUCAGAUGCUCUUCCUCUCUGCGACCUUUGAGGAGGCGGUGUGGAAGUUUGCAGAGUUGAUUGUUCCCGAGGCCAACGUCAUCCGCCUGCGCCGAGAGGAGGAGACUCUGGACACCAUCAAGCAGUUUUACGUCUUCUGCAGGAGCAAGGAGGAUAAGUUCGCCUUUCUGUGCGACCUUUAUGGGAGUAUGACUGUGGCACAGGCCAUGAUCUUUUGCCAUACUCGAAAGAUUGCGACUUGGCUGGCUGUUAACCUGACCAAGAAAGGUCACAGCGUAGCAUUGCUGAGUGGUGAAUUAACUGUGAUGCAGCGAGCCAGUGUCAUUGAACGCUUUCGAGAUGGCAAGGAGAAAGUUCUUGUCACAACAAAUGUUUGUUCAAGGGGCAUUGAUGUGGUACAGGUUUCUCUGGUGGUCAACUUUGACCUCCCCGUGGACAUGGACGGCAAUGCCGAUCACGAGACGUACCUUCACCGGAUUGGCCGAACGGGACGUUUUGGGAAGCGAGGGUUCGCCAUCAACAUGGUGGACAGCGAGUACGGAAUGGAUGUCAUCCGACAAAUUGAGAUGCACUUCGAGAGGAAGAUCCCAAAAUUGGAUGCGGAAAAUGGCGACGAACUUGAGAAACAUCUCAAUUAAAUAUGUGAUAUAUGUAUACAAAACUGAAAAAAACACACAGGUUUAACGUGUAGUAUGCACUUUUGAGUUUUUCCUAGAAGCAAAAUUCUCUGCUGUUUAAAUAAGCAUGCCUAAGUUUGUUGUUCUUUGUUUGCAGUGUUUUCAUUUUUCUUGUUGUUGUUUGAACGUUUGCAUGGAUCUUGAAAAUAUUCUAGAAGGUUGAUAAAUGUUUUGAUAAUAUAUCCAAUAUACAGUUCCCAUUAAUAUGUAGUCUGGUUCUUUCUGCCUUAACUGUGUUUAAACGUAUUUUGUGAAUGAUGAGUAACAGUCUCAGGAAAAAGUUAAUGAACAUAACACGUCCUAGAUUCAUUCAUCCAGCAAAUUGGAUGGAAUAUGCAUUAGAUGUGUAAUAGCACUGGCAUUUAUUCGUCUGUUUACUGUUGGGCUGGCCUAGGAAAUCAUUCCUUGAUGAGCCCUUUAGCACUGCUGAAGUGCGUUGUUUUGUUGCACUUUUUCCUUCCACUCAAUUUUUUAUUAAAGUGCGUGAAUAGAAUUCUUGAGAGGG